AUGCCGAGUCGACACGCGCCUGUGCCGAGUCGAGAUCGGAGCCCAUCCAAGCGGGUUCCAGAGCCGCGUCGGAGGCUGAGUCAUCACCGAGCGAUGCGCCCAUCUCGUGUAUCAGCGGGUCCCGCCAAACCGGACCGCGGUUGGAAGCCGGAGAAGCAAGAUGGACGGCUGAGAAGAUUCAAGGACAAGCUGGCGAUCAUCUUCCAUCACCACCACCAUCAUCACCAUCACCACCACCUAGGACAUGUGGACGGUGGCGAUGAUACUAAAAAAGGUGGGGCCCGUCAUCACAGGUCACCGUGGAAGCAUCUUGGGAGGAUUCUCCACCAGAGGAGCGAAGAGGGGCAGGGGAAGUUGUUGACGGAGGUGCACGCGGAACGAGCGGCGGACAGGGCGCCAGCACGGCAUCAGCACGGAUACUUUCGCGAGUUUCUGGAAGCGCUGGUGCGGCACGUGUGGAGGUCGAGGAAGAAGAAGGCGGUCCGGGCCGACCGGGGCCGGUUGGGGAGGUCGGCCAGCCGGGUUCGGGUGAAGAAGCUGCACUGGUGGCAGCGGUUUAGGAGGCGUGGUGGGGUCAAACUGACCAAUGGUAAGAAGCCACGUCUCAGGCUGCGCUUUAGCAAGACAAAUCCUCGAACCUCAAAGAGGCCAGCGGCCGUGUAAUUUCCUCUAUCAAAAAUAUAUAUAACAAAGUAAACUUCGAUGAAUUCAUCAAAUGGUGGUGCGUGAAAUGUAUAUGAUUUCUGUCAUGUUUUUACCAUAUUUCUAAGACACUGGAAACUUUGGCGAUGCGUG